AUGCCGUCGCUCAAAAUCUCCAUUCCGGAGACGCACGAAGAGACUCCUGAGAACGGCAAGGCGUAUACAGCCUACACCAUCAAGAUUGAGCACCCCUUUCCGCGCGCGGCAACCACCACAUCCAAACGCUACUCUGACUUUUGCGCUCUGGACAGCGCACUCCGCUCAGAAGUCGGCGCUGCACCACCCACGGCGCUGCCCCCUAAAUCAUGGCUCGGCGGUUUCCUUGGCCUAGGCAACACCAACAGCUCGCCCGAAAACAUUGAAAAGCGACGUGCAGGCCUCGAAGCCUACCUGCGCGCCAUUGAGACAGCAGAGGACGGGCGGUGGCGCGUUUCCAAAGCGUACAAGACGUUUCUGGGGCUGGGCGAUAAAGAUACAAGCAACGGGAAGAAGGCUAGCAACCUGCCUGGAUCGCAGUUUGGCAAGGACAGAGUGAGAGAUAGUUCAGACUGGCUAGACAAGCACGCCGAGCUCAAGAGCAACCUACAAGACGCCCGGCGCUGGCUGACGAAGCGCGAACAAGCCACCGCCGCCACAGCGCAACACGAAGCCGCCGCAAACGCAAAGAAGAGCCUCGUCCGCGCGAGCACCCUCAUCUCCGCCCUCGACGAAGGCCUCGCCCGCCUCAGCGGCCCCAGCACCGACGAAUGGAGCGGCGAGAAACUCGGCCAAGGCGAACUCCGCAGACGAAGAGACGUAGUCAGCGGCCUCCGCAAAGAACGCGACGGCCUCGAAUCCGUCCUCAACAGCAUGGCCGUCAAAGCCGCAAUGUCCGGCUCAGGCUCCUCAUCCACCCCCUCCACCUCCUCCGCCGCAGUCACCGAGUCCCAAAAAGCAGGUCUCUUCAAAGGCGCCGCCUCCGCCAAACCCUCUGGCCGCCGCGUCCUCGGCGCCCCCGCACAGGAAACAGAUCGAACCCGCGAACUAGACAACGAGGGUGUCCUGCAGCUCCAACAGCAAAUCAUCAAGGAGCAAGAUGAGGAUCUUGUGGAUCUAACGACGAUCGUGCGCCGUAUGAAGGAUAUGGGCGUCCAGAUUAAUGCGGAGCUUGUAGAACAGAAUGCUAUGCUUGGCUUGUUUGAGGAGGAUGUCCAGCGUGUUGAUGGUAAGAUUAAAAUUGCGAAGAAGAGAAUUGAGAAGAUUAGGUAG